AGAGAAAAUAAUUCUGAAGAUGAUAAAAAAUAUAUUAAUUUAAGCUUUGCUAAUGAUUUAAUAAAAAUACCUAAAGGUGAAAUACGUUUGAGACAAAAGGAUUAUUUUGGUCGAAAGUAUAAUUUUACUUAUAAUGAUAAAAAAAAUAAAAAAAAUUAUGAAUAUAUAAAUUCUACCAAUGAGUACUAUAUAACAAAAAAUGUCCAAGAAAAAAUGAGUAACACUGGAAUCACUACUGAAAAUUUUUUUUGUGAUAAUGAUGUGUUAGUUUAUGAAGAUGAUAUGAAUACAUGGAAUGAUAAAUCUAGAUAUUUAUAUUUCAUCAAUAAAGAAAAAGAAAAUAAUGUAAAUAAAAAACAAACUAAGUUUAAAAAUAUCCAUUUUAAUGAUUCAGUUUUAGUUGAUAAAUAUGAAAGAGUUGCUUAUAAAAAUGAUGUUGUUAGUGAUAAAAUUAAAAUAGAAAAUUUAAUCUUAGAUGUCUUAAAUAACAAUUUUGAUGAUAUAGAAUCAGAGGAAGAUAAAAAAUCUCAAGUUUCACUACAAAUAGAUCAAUUAGAGGAUGAAAAACUAGAAAUUAGAAAAAAAGUAGAAGAAUUAAAUAUAAAAAAAAAAAAAAAAAUUAAAGACAAAAAAACUAAUAUUUUAGAUUAUCUACAUUAUGACAAUUUUUUUUAUGAUGAAAAUGCCGACAGAAUUACCGAAAGUUCAACAUCUGAUGAUUCAGAUAAUUUAUACAACAAAAAAAAUGCUUAUUUAAAAAAUAAUACAUUUCAAAAAACAGAGGAAGGAGAAAUAAAAAAUAAUGUUAAUAAUCUUUUAACUAAAGUUAAAGAUGAUUUAAAUAUAAGAACUUUUUCUAAUUUCAUACCUGAAAAAUUUAAUACAGAAAUAUUUUUAUAUGAUAAUGAAAAGUAUCACAAAUAUGAAACUUUUUCUAAUCAAAAAUCUAAUCAGGUUUUAACACAAACAAAAAUAGAAAUGAAUAAAGAAAAAAUGAAAGAAGAAUCAGAAUUACUACAGAAAUAUAAUUAUGAUGAUAGUUUAUAUUCUCCCGGUUAUUACACUAGAAUUACACAAAAUUUAAGAAAAAAGUUAAAGGAAGAAAAAAUUAAUAUUUAUGAUCUUAAAAAGAAAAAAAUUUAUGAUAAAAUAAGGGAAGAUAUGAUAGAAGAUGAAAAAAUGAAAAAAGAAGAAGAGAAUUUAACAAGAUUAAGAUUAGAAAACAUUAAAAUAUAUGAUGAAGAUUUAAUAAUUGAAGAAACUUUGAAAUUUGAUAAUAAUGAAGAGGAAUUAACUAAACUAAGUAACGUUAAAAAGGAAAAAGAUGAUAAAGAUAUAAAAGAUGAAAAAGAUGAAAUAGAUGAAGACGAUGAUGAUAUAAAUGAAGAAGUUAGUGAAAGCGAAGAUUCAAUUCAAACUAACAGUUCUCUAAGUUUUGAAUAUCUAGACCAUAGAAGUAUAGAUAAUUUAAAAAAAAAAUACAAAGUAAUGAAAAAAAGUGAUAGAGUUUAUGAAGAUGAUUUAAGAAAAUUAAAAUUUUAUAUAUGUAAUAGAUUAAAUAAAAAAAAGUAUAUUCUUAAACCAAAACUAUCAAAUAAGAUCAUAAAGGAAAAAAAAAAAAAUGUUAAAAAAGUUAUGAAAUUUUCUAAAGAAGCAGGAUUUAAUUUAUUAGCAAAAAUACAUAGAGAAGAUGAUCAAAAUAAUGAAGAAGAAUCAGAAGAAAGUGAAUUAUUCGAAGAUGAGGACAAAAAUCCUUCCGAUUUAAACAGUUCCGAAUAUACAUAUUCUUCAUUAACUAUUUCUUCUUAUGAAUAUUUGGAUAUAAGAAAUGUAUAUUAUAAUGCUAAUGCAAACGAAAAAGCAUUUUAUUUUAAAGAUCCCAAAAUAAAUAUUACUUACUUAUAUAGUUAUGUAGACUUUUUUCUUAUUAAUAAUGACGUGAGAAUCAAUAAAGGAAAUUUAUUUAUUGAAAUACUUGUGUAUUAUAUAAAAUUGUAUGAAAAUAGUACACAUAUAUCAGAAGAUAGUCUAUUAUAUUCACUUCAAAUAAAUGAAAAUAUUACUGCAAAAAUUGAAAAAAAAGACAAUAAUAUAAGUGAUAUAAUUUUAAAAGUAGUUAAUGAAGAUGGCGAUAUAAUUAACUGCUGUUUGUCUGGAAAUGCAGAUCAAAUAAAUUUAAUUUUUAAUAAUAUAAUUACAAGAGUGUUAUUAGUUAAAUAUACAAAGUAUCUAAAUUCCUUAGGUUUAUGUGUAUACGAAAAUGCCGUUUAUUAUUUUUUAACAGAUGAGAGUAUACUGAAUUUAAAAAAUAUUAACUACGAUAAAAAUGCAGAUGAAAUUAUAUGUUCCUAUAAAAAAAAAAUAAAAAACUUAAAGAUUAUUGAUUUUUCUAAUAGAAAAAUGAACAUCCUAAAUCUAUUUGAAUUUUUAACAUUUUCAAAUAUUAAGCAAUGUAAUACAUUAAUUAUUACAAAAAAUCCUUUAUUUCUUGAUUUAUCAUUUGAUACAAUUAAAAAUAAUAUAGAUGAUGUUAUAAUAUUUCUUAAAAAUAUAAAUUUAACUGAACUUGUUCUAGAUUUUAUUGAUUUUUCAAAUACAUCUGCUGAAUAUUUUAUAGCUAAUUUAAUAAUAAAGACAAAUAUAUCAUCAUUAAGCUUAAUGAAUUGUGGACUAAAUGAAGAUAACAUAACGAAUAUAAUCAAAAACAUAAAGGAAGAAAAAGGAAAUAUAUCCAGUUGUAUAAAUUAUCUAAAUGUUGAGUUUAAUAAUUUAAAUUAUUUUGGUGUUUUAUCUUUAAUUAGAACAUUAUAUGAAUUAAAUAAUGAUUUUAAAAAGUUGUAUAUUUAUGGAAACAUUAUACAAAGAGAUAUUUUUAAUAUAUCAUUUGAAUUUAAAAAAAAAAAACAAAUGAUAGAAACAGAUAAAUAUUUUAAACAUAUUCCUAAUAUUUUUAGUUUUAAUAAUAUUUAUGAGAUUAAAAAUUACUUAUACUGUAAUAUAAGAGGAUUUGCUCAAUUCUAUGAAAGUGAUAAUAGCAAAUCUAUUUUCUUUGAAUUAUAUAAUAUUUACUUAUAUAUAUUAAAACCUGAAAUUAAAUUGUAUAUUAUAAAAAAUAUUUCGAUUGCAGAAAAAGAUGAUUUAUCAUUUUUGCUAAUUGUUGCUUUAUAUAAUAACAAAGAAAUCAAAUUCCGCCUAAAAUUAUUUAAACACAAUAUCACAUUAUUAUUUUAUAAUGUAGUUAAUGAAAGUUUUCUUGGCAAAUUAUACUAUUAUGAGCAAAUAAAUAAUAAUAGAGAAAUAAAUGAAAAUGUAUUAAAUUAUUUUAUUAUGAGGAGUGAAAAUGAAAUUAAUUUUUAUCAUUACAAUAUUAAUAAAGAAGAAAUUGAUUAUAUCUUAAAACUAUGUAAAAAUAGUGUUGUUAAAUAUUUAAAUCUUAGUUAUUGUUAUUUAACUAAUGAAGACAUUUUAUAUUUUAAUUCGAUAAAAGGAUCAAAAUAUGGAAUAAAUACAUACAAAUUAUCUUUAAGUAAUAAUUUUAUUAAUUCAAAUCUACCAAUAGAAGAACUUAUAAAUUUUCUUUCAAAUUUUAGUGUUUACUUUAAAAUAAAUUUAAGUGAUUUAAAAAUAGGAAGAUCACCAAAUAUUCAUGAAAUGUUUUUUUAUUUAUUAAAUAAUACUAAAUGCAAAAUUAUUAACUUGAAUAAUUGUAAUUUAGGAAAUAGUUUUUUAAUAAAUGUAAAUAAAAAUAUUGAAAAACUAAAUGUAAAUAAUUAUUUAACUCUUUUGUUAUUACAAUAUAAUAAAUUCAGUAAUGAAAAGGAAUUAGUUAAUUUUUUAAAUAAUUUGAUUUCAAAAUGUAAAUCAAUAGAUAAAAUUAAAAUAUAUUCAAAUACUUUACAUGAAGAAAAUUGUGAAAAUAUAUUAAAUAGUAUAUCACGAAAAGAAAUUGUGUCAUUUCAUCAUACUUAUGAUCCAUCUAUGGAUAAAAAAAACUUGAAAAAAAAAGUUUCUAAAUUAAAAAAAAAUAAAAUUAAUAAUGACAUUCAUUAUGAUAUUGCAUUAACUGAAAACGAAAGAAAUAUAAUUGAAAAAUUUUUUGAAAAAAAACAGAAUAGAGAAAGAAAACUAGAAAAAAAAGACUUUAAACUAAAAAGUCGUUAUAAUUUAAUGGAUUUGAAAAACAGGAAGAUUAAAUAUAAUUUUAAAAAGUAA